CAUAGGCGUGGAGGAAGAAACAGAAGAGAUAAAUCUGCCCUAUGACCAAACAACCACCACAUCUCAGCAGCUUCUCUUCAUGUCAGUGAUGGAGGAACCUGAACUCUGCUUUCCACAGCUCUUCAACUCCUCCUGCAGGAGGAUGAAGCGUUCUCACUCUGAAGCAAUGCUGGUUCACAUCCUGCUGUCCUGCAUCUCUCUACUCACUGUGAUUCUCAACCUCCUGGUCAUCAUCUCCAUCUCACACUUCAGGAAGCUCCACACUCCCACCAACCUCCUCCUCCUCUCACUGGCUGUUUCUGAUGUCUUCGUGGGUCUCCUCAUGUUCUUUCAAAUUGUGCUUAUAGAUGGCUGCUGGUUCCUCGGUGACUUCAUGUGCACUCUGUAUCAGUAUCUAGCAUACAUCAUCACCUCAGCCUCAAUAGGAACCAUGGUGAUGAUAUCGAUUGACCGCUACGUGGCCGUUUGUUACCCUCUGCAUUACUCUAUUCAAAUCACACAACAAAGAGUUCAAAUCUGUGUGUGUCUGUGCUGGAUCAGUUCUGCAAUCUUUCAAACUCUGGUUCUGAAGGACGCCCUGAAGCAGCCAGGCAGGUACAAGUCCUGUGUUGGAGAGUGUGCCAUUGUCACUGACUACAUUAGUGGACUUGCAGAUGUUAUUUUUUCCUUCAUUGUUCCUAUUACAAUCAUCAUAGUUCUGUAUGUGAGAGUGUUUGUGGUGGCUGUGUCUCAGGCUCAUGCCAUGCAUUCUCAGCUUGUACCAACCAAGCACUCAGUUACAGCAACUGUUCAGAAAUCUGAACUGAAAGCAGCCAGGACUCUUGGUGUUGUUGUAGUUGUGUUUAUAAUAUGUAUGUGCCCAUAUUACUGUGUUGCCCUCACAGGCCAAGAAACGCUUCUCAAUAGUAAAUCUACUGCCUUUGUGAUAUGUCUGUUCUACUUUAACUCCUGUCUGAACCCCAUCAUCUACGCCUUCUUGUACCCCUGGUUCAGAAAAUCAGUCAAGCUCAUUGUUACACUUCAGAUACUGCAGCCUGCCUCCCGUGAAGCCAAGAUGCUGUAGAGUCACAGAAAACUGCACUUGGCAGUAUUAAGUCACUGAAUAACAGAUUUAAAGUUCUGGUAACAUUUGUAUGAAUGAUUUGCACAUACAGAUGGAUCCAGAUUGUGCACGAUACUAUAAUAUGUGUAUAAGUAUAAUGUUGCCAAAGCACCACCUCUCUUCAGGAUGUAAAACACAAGCAUUAUCGGGCACAACCAUCUCAGGUCUUCUGAAAACUGAAUUUUUUCCUGUUCUUCACAGAUCAGUCAGUCAUGGCGCCACGGUUGUGUCAAGGAGUGCAGAAUGCUGUUGUGUACUUGCAGAAUCUUGUGAAAAUGGUUU